CCCCGGCUCGUCCUCGUCCUCUUCGUUCGUCCUCAGUGCAGGAUAACGCGGCACUGUCACUCACUUUACCGACAGAAAACAACAGGUAAUUCUGACCGGGUGUUAUAUUUAUUCAGCCCUCAUACUGAUAUCCUGCCUCCAACGCGAUCUGCGAAGAAUCCGCUGCCCCGUGUCUGCUCUUAACAGGUAUUUAUACACUCAUCCUCACUGACAACUAUGGACGUGAUAGUGCGUCGCUGCCCCUUCCUGGCUUGCGUGCCGCAGGCUUUUUUCCAGCAGUCCAGAAACUCCAUGGUGACCUACGCUCAGCGGUGUCCCAUCAUGAUGGAGCUGGCUUCAAAACCCAUGGCUCCUUCCCUGGCGCGGGCCCUGUGCUCUUCUUCUUCCAAUAAGAAGACGGCAAGUGAAGCCCCUGUAACGACAGUAGAGUCUAAGCUGCCUGCUGGUCAUCCUGCGCCAACGGCAGGCCAGGCGGUGGGGUCCAAAUGCCCCUUCCUGGCUGCCGAGAUGAAGCAAAUGAACAGCGGUGUGGUCCGUCAGGUUACCGUGGAGUUCCAGGAGGAUGUUGAAGAAGUGCGCACUGUUCAGAAAGAGAUUUCCCCAGCCCAGCUGAAGCAGCCGUCCUUGGCCAGCACCAGUAAAGCGGGAGAGCAAAGCGGUUUGAUGAAGGCUCUCCUGAAGCAGCGUCCCAAAGGGGUCACCCACCUGCUGCAGGACAACUUGCUCGGCAGAAUGUCCCGCUUCAAGUACGACGACUUUUUCGAGAAGAAGAUCGAAGAGAAGAAGAACGACCACACGUACCGCGUGUUCAAGACGGUGAACCGCCUGGCCACUGAAUUCCCCAUGGCGGACGACUUCACGGGCUCGCUGGAGGAUAAGCGGGAGGUGUCCGUCUGGUGCAGCAACGACUACCUGGGCAUGAGUCGGCACCCGCGAGUCGUGCAGUCCAUCAUGGACACUUUACAAAAGCACGGCUCGGGGGCCGGCGGGACCAGGAACAUAUCUGGAACCAGCAAGUACCACGUGGAGCUGGAGCAAGAGCUGGCUGACCUUCACAAGAAGGAUGCCGCCCUGCUCUUCACUUCCUGCUUCGUUGCCAACGACUCCACCCUUUUCACCCUCGCCAAGAUGCUUCCUGGUUGUGAGAUUUACUCGGACGCAGGGAACCACGCUUCGAUGAUCCAGGGCAUCCGGAACAGCGGCGCCAAGAAGUUUAUUUUCCGCCACAACGACUUGGGUCACCUCAGAGAGAUGCUGGAGAAGGGAGACCCCUCCAAGCCCAAGAUCGUGGCGUUUGAGACGGUCCACUCCAUGGAUGGUGCCGUGUGUCCCCUGGAGGAGAUGUGCGACCUGGCUCACGAGUUCGGCGCCAUCACCUUUGUGGACGAGGUUCACGCUGUGGGUCUGUACGGCGCCAGAGGAGGAGGAAUCGGAGACCGGGAUGGCGUAAUGCACAAGAUGGAUAUCAUUUCAGGAACUCUAGGCAAGGCUUUCGGGUGUGUCGGGGGCUACAUCGCCAGCACCGCUGCCCUUGUGGACACCGUGCGCUCCUACGCCGCCGGUUUCAUCUUCACCACCUCCCUGCCCCCGAUGCUCUUGGCCGGCGCCCGGCAGUCCAUCCAGACCCUGAAGGGGGAAGAGGGUCGCGUGCUGAGGCGUAAGCACCAGCGCAACGUGCAGCUGCUCCGGCAGAUGCUGAUGGACGCAGGGCUCCCCGUCGUGCACUGCCCCAGCCACAUCAUCCCCGUUCGGGUGUCGGACGCUGAGAAGAACACGGAGGUGUGCGACAUCAUGAUGAACCGCCACAACAUCUACGUGCAGGCCAUCAACUACCCCACCGUCGCACGAGGGGAGGAGCUCCUGCGGAUCGCCCCGACCCCUCACCACACCCCGGAGAUGAUGAAAUACUUUGUUGAGAAGCUGGUGAAGACGUGGAAGGAGGCCGGCCUCGGGCUGAAGCCCCACUCUUCGGCAGAGUGCACGUUCUGCCAGCAGCCGCUGCACUUUGAGCUGAUGAGCGAGCGGGAGAAGGCGUACUUCAGCGGCCUCAGCCACCCAAUCUCUGCCCGCGCAUAAACACUACUCAUCACUGCUAGCUUAAAACGGCACAUUAACACUCAUUCCUCUGUCGCUGUCAUAGAAUGUAUUAAUUAUGUUUGAUAAGUCUUAUUAUAUGUAAUAUUUAAGAUAGUCUAUCUUCAGAAGUUGUAUAAGAUUCAAAUAAAAUGUAAAAGGAAACCCA